AUGAAGAUGUCCUUCGAGUCCGAGAUCGGCGCGCAGCCCCCCCUCGGAUUCUGGGACCCGCUCGGCCUCCUCGAGGACGCGGACCAGGAGCGGUUCGAGCGCCUCCGGUACGUGGAGGUGAAGCACGGCCGCAUCGCUAUGCUCGCCAUCGCCGGUCACCUGACCCAGCAGAACACCCGCCUGCCCGGCAUGCUCUCCAACUCGGCCAACCUGUCCUUCGCGGACAUGCCCAACGGCGUCGCCGCCCUCUCCAAGAUCCCCCCGGCGGGCCUCGCCCAGAUCUUCGCGUUCAUCGGCUUCCUCGAGCUGGCCGUGAUGAAGAACGUGGAGGGCUCCUUCCCGGGUGACUUCACCCUCGGCGGCAACCCCUUCGGCUCCUCGUGGGACGCCAUGUCCGAGGAGACCCAGGCCUCCAAGCGCGCGAUCGAGCUCAACAACGGCCGCGCCGCGCAGAUGGGCAUCCUCGCCCUCAUGGUGCACGAGGAGCUCAACAACAAGCCGUACGUCAUCAACGACCUCCUCGGCGCGGGCUACAACUUCAACUAGGCUACGAUAGACACACGUUCUUCGGACUGUCACUCCAGCCACUACCCCUUACGCAGCCUGUUGGGUAGUUAUUAGUUUCUGUCCCAGUUUGUCAAGGGAGUGUGGUUAGCGGCAUGUUCGUUUAGCCCACUUUUUUUUUGAGAGGCUGACUUCGCGUUUUGGUCGAAAUAUCUAAAGGCGAGGGAGGAGUUUUUCUGCUCUCUUGUCGUUUUCCACAAGCUUGGCUGGCGGCACGCCCGCGCUGCGUGCUUUGAACAUGACGCGCAACAAUAUAUCGUUGUGUGUUUUUUCGGCCCCACUGCUGUUAUGCCGUUAAUUUUUGUCGGCUGGGUGGGGUCGGGGGCUUUCGUGCGACGUGGGCGCUCUGUGGCGCGUGGUUAGUAAAAUGAGCGAGUGCCCCCCUGUUCGCGACCCCGCUUUCUUGUGUAGGUUAGUAGCGGUGUGCGUUCGUGCCCGACUGCAAACUUGCCUUGUGUAACAGCGCUAUUACGGCCGUGCGUUGUCGACUGAAGUGGCUUUUCUUGUG